AUGCUCCCCAAGGCGGAGUCCAGCGACCACAUCUCGGUCUGGGCGGGCUCCUCGCCCAGGGCUGCCGGCCUGCCCAAAGCCGUCUCCAGCGAGUUCCUCGCCGGUGGGCGGGUGGGCCUGGCCAAGACCGCAGCCAUCUCCAAAACGGAGCCGGACGAGCUCUGCGUCUUCGGGCGGUCUGUCGGCCUGCCAGGCUCCAGCGACACCUGCGGCACGCUCCUGGGCUGCUCGGGAAGUGUUCCGGAGGACGGCACCUUCCGCAUCAUAGUGGUCACCUGGAAUGUGGGCACAGCCAUGCCCCCGAAUGAUGUGACAUCCCUGCUGCACCUCAACACGGGCGAGACAAAUGAUGCGGACAUGAUUGCCAUUGGGCUGCAAGAGGUGAACUCUAAGAUAAACAAGCGCUUGAAGGAUGCCCUCUUCACAGAUCAGUGGAGCGAGCUCUUCAUGGAUGUGCUGAGCCCCUUCCACUUUGUCCUGGUUAGCACGGUGCGGAUGCAAGGUGUGAUCCUACUGGUAUUUGCCAAGUACUACCACCUCCCCUUCCUGCAGGACAUCCAGACAGACUGCACGAGGACUGGGCUGGGAGGCUACUGGGGCAACAAGGGUGGAGUGAGCGUUCGUCUCUCCAUCUUCGGCCACAUGGUCUGCUUCCUGAACUGCCACCUGCCAGCGCACCUGGAGAAGGCAGAGCAGCGCAAGGAGGACUUUGCCACCAUACUACACAUGCAGCAGUUCGAUGGGGAUGCAGCCAGUGGCAUCCUGGACCAUGACCUUGUGUUCUGGUUUGGGGACCUCAACUUCCGCAUCGAGAGCCUCGACAUCCGCUUUGUGAAGUAUGCUAUCGACAGCAACAUCCUGAGCCAGCUCUGGGAGAAGGACCAGCUGAACAUUGCCAAGAGCACUUGGCCUGUCCUCAGUGGCUUUCAGGAGGGACCCCUGAACUUCCCACCCACCUUCAAGUUUGAUGUUGGCACCAACAAGUAUGACAGCAGUGCCAAGAAGAGAAAACCUGCCUGGACUGACCGCAUCCUCUGGAAGAUCAAAUCUCCCAGUGUUGGGCUUGGUGCGGGUGGGCGCCGGCCCAGCCGAGGCAUCCUGUCAGUGAGCCAGCUCUGCUACUGCAGUCACAUGGAGUACACUGUCAGUGAUCACAAGCCAGUAGCUGCCAUCUUUGCAGUGCAGUUUGCCUCCAAGACAGAAAAGCCACCAGUUGAGAUUUACGUGGCUGACGAAUGGAGCAGGCCUGAGCAAGCGGUUGUCAGGUACAAGAUGGCUGCUGGCUUCCACCGGAGCUCCUGGGACUGGAUAGGACUCUACCGGGUGGGCUUUCGGCAUCCUAAAGACUACGUGUCCUAUGUCUGGGCCAGGAGUGAUGAUGGAGAGCGCUGCCUAGAGAAGCACCAUCGUGCACAGGUGAUGUUCUCAGAGGAUGCACUGCCCAAGGGGAAGGGCGAGUAUAUCCUUGGAUACUACAGCAACACUUCCAGCAGCAUUGCUGGCAUGACUGAGCCCUUCCAGAUCUCCCUGCCCAGGUCCGAGGAGGGCAGCAGCCCCACAGACAGCUCAGGCAGCAGCUCAGAAGAGGAGGAUGACAGCACACUUGUCUUGCUGGCCCCCAAAUCCCGUAGCCCCAGCCCAGGCAAGAUGAACCGGCACCGGAGCCGAAGCCCCAGCCUGGCCAAGUUCCAGGGCCUCAUCCUGCGUCCGUCGAGCCGGGACAGGGGUACAAGCCGCAGCCCUUCACCCCAGAGCCGCCGAGGCCUCCCUGGGGACAUCCCUGCCAUCCACCUGCCCCAGGAGGAGGCUGGGUGUCGUGGAGCCAAAGCCAAGGACCACAGCUCCUUCUAUCAGACUGCACAGGAGCAGGGCCGCCCCUGGUGUGUUUCUGCUGACAGCCCCCUGGCCAGGGCUGAUCCCAGGAACCUGGGCCUGCUGCCUGCACUCCGCCUGGAGAUGAUAGAUCAGGCCAUGGGCCAGCGUAGGGAGAGUCUGGACCAGGGCUACCCCUUCUGUCGGAUGAGCCCAACCACCCCCCCGGGCUGUAGCACAGCCCCAAAGGAGGAGAGCAGCCCCCAGGAGCUGGACAGCCAUAGCUGUGCCAUGGGCCGCUGA